AUGAGUGCGAGGACAUUGACAAACGUCGUCAACGACCAAACGGUCGCCUUGAACGCCCUGAUCUAUGGAUACGCUGGGCACAGCCUCGUCACCCCGCAGCACGCGCUUCAGCAGAUAUGGUGGACCGAGGAGCGAAUCAACGAGAAGGUCAACCAUGACUUCGUCACUUCAAGGCUCCAGCCGAAAGAGAGGGAACGUCUUACACAACCUGUCGGCUUCGGCGAUCUGAGCGACGACACCUACAUCGAAUGGAUAUUGGAGAAAGCAAGACGACUGUUCCUGAUCUUGGUCGAGAUUGGCGAAGCGGAUAGGAUCUUCGCGGUUGUUGACAGAUCGUGGGACGACGAUGAUUUACCUCUGGAAAUGGAUGACAUUGAGCAGCUUUCGCUGUCGAAUCGCCGCGAUAACCACGCCGAUGCUCGCUUCUACCACACACAAUUCACAUUCCUCCUAAGAGAAUUGCGGGAAGGCAUACAUAUCGAUUAUGCGCCCAACGAGGAGAUUCCAGUCGAGAACGUAAUGUCUCUGCCAGUGGCAGUGAGCUUACAGGCCUGGCAACGUAUGCACCUACCGAAGAAGGCAAGGGAAAUCUACGUUCGCAGGCGAUUUCCGCUGGGCGACCCAGAAACACCGGAUGCGUUCGAAGAGGACUUCAAAAUGGAUGUCGAAAGCGCAAGGAUGGUCGAGCAUGAGCAUCUUGCGCCGAUCUGGGCCUCGUAUACCUCCAAAGGUGUUGGUUACAUCGUCACCAACUUUGUAGGGCAGCAUACUCUUCGCACUUUCAUCGACCACCGCAACCCGACUCAGUAUCAGAAGCUAUUGAAGCCUGACCGGAGAUGGCUGGUACUCAAUUGGCUGCACUGUCUGUCAGACGCCAUUGCAACACUGCAUCAGAACGGUUUUUGUCACUCUGCUAUACGGCCAUCAAAUAUCCUCAUCGACGAGCAGAAUGCGAUAGCAUUUAGCGACAUCGGUAGCCUUGAGACGUUUCAGAAAGACAAGAAGCCCGACGCAAUGGACGCCUACGUGUACAGUGCGCCAGAGUCACACAUCAGUACAGGACCUUUCGACCCCAAUGACCCUGCGCCUUCACCCACUAUCCCAAACGGUCGACAUGCUUCGAUGAUUAGCAAAAGUUCGUCUGGGUCAUCCGGCAGUAAUAAUUCACAACGGCAGAAGCUUACCAAAGCACCUACAACGGACUUCUCCGGUUUCAACUUUGGAUUCAAGAAGUCGAAGGCGAAGCCUACACCGAAGAAACGGUCGCGAGUACACGAGACUGAGAAGGCAGAUGUGUUCUCGCUCGGUUGUGUUUUCCUGGAGAUCAUCACAUUCAUGCUGAAGAAGAAGCCUCACGACUUCGUAAAGCACCGCACAUCGAAGCAAAGGACCAAUACUGGCGGCAAGAACUCUCGAACGGAUUCAUCGUAUCAUGUCAAUCUCGACAAGGUAGAGACUUGGAUGAACACGCUCGAAAAGGCUUCAUUUGAGCAUGACGACGACGCGUUCCGUGCGAUUCCCCCCAUGUUACAGGUCAUCAGAAACUCGUUCUACUACGUCAAUGCAUCUGACACUCUGCAGCUCAGCUUUGGGCUUGUUACAGGGUUGUUGACGUGGUCAGCCGUUGCUGCCACUGUCAAUACAAUUCAUCCGCGUCAAAGUAAUCGGACAGACUACAAGGUCGGAUAUACUCCACUCAAGACGGAAUGGACAGACACAGUGGGAACCAAUCCUUGGCCAGAGUAUCCACGACCACGCCUUCAGCGAACAGACUGGAAGAACCUCAAUGGUGUUUGGGGAUACAGGAACACUACGAAUGGUUCGGACGCAUCACCGCCUUUCGGGCAGACACUGGAAAACCCGGUCUUAGUUCCCUUCUGCCUUGAGAGUGCUCUAUCAGGUGUGACAGGAAAGGGUCGCAUGUGGAGUUGGUACCAGACAUCAUUCGACGUACCGUCAUCAUGGCCUAGCGGCAACAACGUCAUCUUGAACUUUGGCGCUGUUGACUACGAGGCCACUAUCUUUGUAAACGGCAAGAAUGCUGGCUUCCACAGAGGUGGAUACUUUGAGUUCAGUGUAGACGUGACGCAGUACCUAAGCGCAAAUGGGACGAACGAACUACUGGUAUACACCUUCGAUCCGACGGAUGUGGAUAUGGUCCAAAUACCGAUUGGAAAGCAAACGCUGAACCGAGAGGGGAUGAUCUGGUACACACCGUGCAGUGGUAUCUGGCAGACCGUGUGGCUUGAGUCAACACCGAAAGAGCAUAUUUCGAAGCUGGACUUAACAGCGGAUAUGGAUGGGACUGUCACCGUGACCGUUCACAGCAGCACCAACCUAACAAACAUCCCAUACGAGAUCACAGUUCAUGAACUGGGCUCAACCGAUGCCAAGGCGACAGCCAAAGGUACUAGUGGAUCCGCAUUUACCUUCAACGUCCCAUCACCAGAACUAUGGACUCCCGAUAGUCCCACCCUGUACAAUAUAACCAUCAAAAUGGCCAGCGACACCAUCCAAAGCUACACCGGAUUCAGGACUGUUUCCCGCGGUACCAUCAACGGCAUACAGCGCCCACUUCUGAACGGAAAGUUCGUUUUCCCCUUCGGUACGCUCGAUCAGGGGUACUGGCCAGACGGAAUCUACACACCUCCAAGCGUCGAGGCUAUGGUGUAUGAUCUCAAGGUGCUGAAAAAUGUUGGCUACAACAUGGUACGCAAGCACAUCAAAGUGGAACCGGCCCUUUUCUACAGAGCUUGCGAUGAGAUGGGGAUGUUGGUCAUUCAAGACAUGCCUUCUCUGCGACCAGAUCUACCAGACGGCUGUGGCAGUAAACGGUUAGCAGGUGAAGCAGAGCAAAAGGAGUUUGACCGACAGCUAGCUUUGAUGGUAGAGCAGCUCAAAUCAUAUCCCAGUAUCUUUGCUUGGACGAUCUACAACGAAGAAUGGGGUCAGGAUACCUCGCCUCCAUGGCCCGAGUUCCCAUUGACAGAAAUGGUAAGAAAGAUCGAUCCCACUCGCCUAGUCAAUUCUGUUAGUGGCUGGACGGACCACACAGCCGGCGACUUCGACGACAACCACCACUACUCCACACCCCAAUGCGGCACGCCAUUCUGGUCCCGCCAAGGCAACAACUACGACUCCGCCUACGACACUUCGCGCAUCGGGCUCCAGGGCGAAUUCGGCGGCAUCGGCACACAGCUCCCCGAAGACAACUUCGCGCACGCCUGGUUCAAAGACCUGGAGAAGCAGACCGCGUACGAACUUACGAAUGGGACUAACUGGUGGAACUACCGAUGCCAUGAUUUGCUGAAUCAGUUGCGCGAGCAGAUUGAUCUUUUUGCUUGCUCGGGCGGGGUCUGGACGCAGACUACGGAUGUGGAGGGGGAGGUUAAUGGGAUGAUGACUUAUGAUAGGAAGGUUGUGAGGAUGAAUGAGACUAUGUGGAAGGAGGAUAUACAGGCGCUUUAUGAUGCGGCGGAGAAACGGGCGAAUAAUGCGACGAUGGCUAUUAGGGAUGUAGAAGGUGGGGGCUCACAGUACGGUAUGCCUUGA